AUGGACAUGGACCUGGCCAGCGGCGCCGUCGAGGUGAUCAACGACCUGGGCUUCGACACGCUCACCUUCCUCGGCGUCACGGUCCUCGUCGUCCCCGCCUUCCGCGUCGUCAAGGCCAGCCCAAUUCUCGGCUUCUUCUGCGCCGGUGUCGUGCUCAACCAGUUCGGCCUCAUCAGGAACCUCACCGACGUCAAGCUGCUCUCCGAGUGGGGAAUCCUUUUCCUGCUGUUUGAGAUGGGGCUGGAGCUCUCCCUCUCUCGCCUCAAGGCUCUUGCGAGGUACGCCUUUGGGAUGGGCUUGCCUCAGGUUCUUUUGUCAACCCUCGCUUUCACGGCGUUCGAGCUUCCUCCUAAUGGUGCCAUAGGAACAAAGAUAUUGCAGUUUCUCUUUGAUUCAAGACCUGAUCUGGUGAACAUCAGGAGUAUUGAUGAAGCAAUAGUAAUUGGAGCCGCCCUCUCACUAUCUUCAUCUGCUUUUGUUCUCCAGCUUCUUGCCGAGAAAGGUGAACUUCCAACAAGAUUUGGUUCAGCUACACUGGGAAUUCUUCUCCUGCAGGACAUUGCAGUUGUCCCCCUGUUGGUCAUACUCCCUGUGCUAGAGAGUCAGAAUAUCGUGGAGCGAAGUUUGUGGCCAAUUUUACUAGCUGAGAGCUUAAAGGCACUGGGCGGACUUGGCUUACUUUCCCUUGGCGGGAAAUACCUCAUGAGACGCGUCUUUGAGUUUGUUGCAGAGUCAAGGAGUUCAGAGGCAUUUGUUGCGCUCUGUCUUCUUACAGUCGCAGGGACAUCACUUAUCACCCAAAAGUUGGGAUUUAGUGAUACACUGGGUGCAUUUCUGGCUGGAGCCAUUCUUGCAGAAACAAAUUUCCGCACACAAAUCGAAGCUGACAUAAGGCCAUUCAGAGGCUUGUUGCUUGGGCUGUUCUUUAUGACUACAGGGACUUCCAUUGACAUGCAGCUUCUCAUCCGGGAGUGGCCUAAUGUUCUGACACUGUUGGGGGGUCUUAUUGCAAUCAAGACAUUGAUAAUUACCGCAAUUGGGCCUAGAGUCGGGCUAACUCUUAAAGAAAGUGUAAGGAUAGGACUGCUACUUUCUCAAGGAGGCGAGUUUGGAUUCGUGGUGUUUUCUUUGGCAAACAGGCUCGGUGUCCUACCACUUGAGUUAAAUAAACUGCUUAUAAUUGUUGUUGUGCUGUCGAUGGCAUUAACUCCGUUGCUCAAUGAAGUUGGAAGAAGAGUAGCAGGGAUCAUUGAUGAAAGAUCUGAAGAAAAAGAAAAGCCUGCUGAGAUGGUGAAUUACGGUGCCACUGAACCUGUUGUAAUUCUUGGUUUUGGAGAGAUGGGACAGGUCCUUGCUAAUUUUUUAUCUGCACCAUUGUCAUUUGGAAUUGAGAAAGAUACAGAAGGAUGGCUAUAUGUCGCAUUUGAUCUAAAUCCUGCUGUUGUAAAGUCAGCUAGAAAAUCAGGAUUUCCUGUGCUAUACGGAGAUGGUUCACGCCCUUCAGUUCUGCAAUCUGCUGGCAUAACGUUUCCAAAAGCUAUCAUGGUUAUGUAUACUGGAAAGGAAAAAACAAUUGAGUCUGUAAACAGAUUGCGGCAAGCUUUCACUGCGGUUCCUAUAUACGCUAGAGCUCAAGAUCUCUCGCAUUUGUUAGAUCUUAAGAAAGCAGGUGCAACAGAUGUUGUCCUGGAAAAUGCUGAGACUAGCUUGCAGCUAGGUUCGAUACUUUUGAAAGGACUGGGCGUCAUGUCUGAUGAUGUAUCCUUCUUGAGUAAGCUUGUGAGAGACUCAAUGGAGCUACAAGCUCAGGAAGCACUAAAAGACAUUGGGGACCAAGAAGUUGAUAUUAUGAAGCCUCUUCAGGUAAGAGUUUCAGAUUUAGUGGAUAGCAAUGGUAAUAGUUCAAGAAUGGUAGCCCAGGAGCAGUCCUUAAGUCUAAGUAGCCGCCCAGAUAUAAAGGCAAUCAAACCGGCAGUGACAAACAGGAUACCUGAUAUGAAGGUGGAAAAUGAAAAUCCAGGAUAUGACUUUGACAGAGUAGAUUCUGAAGAUGGUGUGGCAUACUGUCUAUUGGGAUCUGAUGAUGAAAGCGAUCAAGCCUCCAGUACAAGCAAGGAUAUGAUUGACCAAUCUGCUUGA